UUAGCGCGUGUCUCGGCUUCUCGAAAGGUGUCCGCCGGUCCGAGGAUCCGUGAACGCAUCAGCGUUCCUACCAGCGAGGCAUUUUCUGCUGCCUCCUAUCAGCGCCAUUGUGUCACACAAUCUCCAGCAGCGAGGACGCCUUGUUAUUUCCCCCCUUGUCGAGUGGACUCUUUAAAUACCCCCCCAUGUUUUUCUUCAAAACUCCGGCGGACCUGAACCUGAUUUAUGUUCAGUAAAGGUGCCAAGCGAAAACUGGAUGAGGAUGAAGAGAUGCUGGAAGGCAAAACGCUGGAGGCAUCGGUGGCGGGAGGAGGAUUAGGCCUGGUCCACGAGGGCCUGUCUAAGGUGUCGUACACCCUCCAGAGGCAGACCAUCUUUAACAUCUCCCUCAUGAAGCUGUACAGCCAGCGGCCCCUGAGCGAGCCCAGCCUGGAACGUCGCGUCCUCAUUAACAACAUGCUGCGGCGCAUCCAGGAUGAACUGAAGCAGGAGGGCUCCUUGCGGCCGUUGCUUCUGCCACCUUCGCCGCCGCCCGAUGACCCGAUGGACGAGGGCUUCCGCGAGGCCCCGCCCUCCUUUGGGGUUCUGUCAGCCGCGGUGACGGCCCAGGUAUCGCCGCCUUCCGCUCUGCUCGUGCCAGUGAUCAUUCCUCCACCUUCGCCACAUCCGCUGGUGCCUCCCACCUGCCCGCCCCUGCUGGAUGCCUGCCUCACUCCGGCUUCUUUGCUGGAGGACGACGGUGCGGAUUCCUCCUUUUGCGCUUCGUCGCCGCCCACUCCUCCUCUGUCGCCACCCCCGUUACAAAGUCAUACGUCCGCCGCUAUCUCUUCGCCUGCCUCGUCCACUGAUGUGAGUGGCAUGGAUUUACGUCCUCCUACAGCCAUAACUAGGACAGCAGCAGCCAAUUCCAUGACAGUAACUACCUCCCUUGCUCCCUUGACACUCCCCCAGCCCCCCCACUUAGCGGCCUUGUCCCCUGCACCUGUAGGCGCAGCAAAAGACUGCGCGACUUCGGGCUGUAAAAGCGAAGCGGCUUGCGUCUUGGUAGCGGAAGGCUGCUGUGCCGAGUUUCGAUCGACGGACUCUCUCCCCGCAGUGCCCCCUGUCGCCCCGGUGGACAUUUACCCUUCUCAUCCCUCCCCUUCCACGCCCUCCGGGUUUCUCACAGACCUGGCGCUGGAUGACGUCCUGUUCGCCGACAUAGACACGUCCAUGUACGAUUUUGACCCCUGCGUGACCGCGGGGACGGUCGGCGUGACGGCCGGCCUGGGCCUCGCCAAAGUGUCCCCGGUCGUGACGACGGACGACCUCCUCAAAUCGCUCGCGUCUCCGUACGGUGGCCCCACCCCCCAAGUUUCAGCCAAUCAGCCUUUCAAAAUUGAUCUGACGGAACUUGAUCACAUCAUGGAAGUGCUGGUCGGUUCAUGACAAGCAGUGCCCCCAACUUUUAAAACAAACAAUUCAAUCCAGACCGGAGACUGAAAUUCAUAUUUUCCACAGAUCUGGGAUUUGUUUUUCUGCUUGUUGUUUUUCAUUUUAUGUUUUCCAAGUUUGCAAUUGUAAUUUUCAGUUGUCAUACUUAUUAUGACAACUGUUACUACUACUACUAAUACUCCUACUACUACUUGUACUACUUCAACACUGUGCACGGACUGUCCUCACCUUUCCAAACGCAGAAAUGAAAUUAUUGGGAAGCAAAGACACAUCAGUUUACAUUUCUAUACUGGUGAGGGCCUCCAACAAAUGAAUUUUCUAAUAUGAACGUAAUCCUAUUUCUAAUCUGUAACACUGACCUAAGCCAUAGCCUUCAAUGUGUCGCAGAUUGUUUUAUUUUAUUGUUAUUUUUCCAAUCCUAGGAGGAUCCUAACUGGUACAAAAAUUGACAUGCGUGUGUAUGGAUCGAAUUAUAUCACAGACGCAUGUGCACACUGAAUGUGUCUUUUAGCAGAUGAGUGCCUUCCAAAACAUGACCACUCAUUCAGUUCUUGUUUUGUUUUUGUUUCCUCCGAGUUUUUCCUCCAUAAUAUUUUUUUAACUUAUUAAAUUUAUUGUUCAUUCAGUGAGGGAUUGCCUCCUGAUCAAAUAAUAAUAAUUUCAUUGUCUUUUAUUACAUAUGCGUUCUUUUUUUCAAAAAUGCAAGGCAGUUCAAUCCAUAUUUGCUCGAUGAUGUAACCGCUCUUUGGUUAUAUUUCGGACACUCUUCAGAGCGGUCACGUGAUGACGAUCUUAAUUCAGGUUUGGGUUUACUAGCUUGCUGGCGCAGAUUGGUUGCAGGAUGUUCUUUCAUACCGGCUUUUUUUUUUUUUGAUGGGGGGGUAUAUUCUGGGGUUUGCAGUAGAAUUCUGAUCAGCUAUACAGCAUGGUUUGUUGUGUUUACAUUAGAAAAAGUUGCAUUAUUUUGUGCUCCGGUCAGGUGGGGAUGAACUCUAUAAAGUCCAACAGAAACAGAGACAUGCACAACAACUGUAAACAAAUCUGCUAUCACAUAUUGCACGCAAACGGAUUGCGGCACUAUUGUGGCUCAAUGAUUUCCUUAAAAUUGUACGAAGUGUAUUUCUAGAUCAGCCUUCUUUUGUUUGUUUGCUUUUUCAAGCGAUUUGGAAAGUAGCGUGACCGACAAAUUACAGCACAGCGUACAGUAUUACACAAAGUUUAUUUGCGCCAACUGUUGUGUUCAGAAUAGAAGCCCGUGCUCUCGAAAUCUCAGGGUUUUAUUGUGCAGCGCCAUUUUGAGGUUCACCCCAAACACCCUGAAUGUUUAAAAACAUACACAACUCCUGGAGGGCUAAAUCUGUCCAGUAAUUAUUUUCAAGCGAUGUCAGAAUGUUAGACUCAGCACUCGUGCAAUCCUGGCUGUAAAGCAUUAGUUUUGUCUCAAAAAUGUAUGAUUACAACUUUGCCAAUGUCAGUGUCAUAUAUUGAAAUACGGUAAAUGUCUGUUUAUCAUAAGUGUGUAGCAAAAACAAAAUGUAGUACAGCACUUUUCCUCAGGCUGUGUACUUUGGUAUUUUCUCUGGUUCGCUGAGCAUUCACAUUGUUAUGGUCAUCCUCGAACAAAUGAACAUGCAUGAAGUCCCAACUGCAUUUACUUUAGUUUUACGUGACUAAACUCCAAUUUUCCAAACAAAACCGAGACCACCUUUUCAAGCGGGAUUCGUCUGCUUGUUUUGGGCGUACUUGACCAAAUGACGCCCACGACGAGAGCAGUUCCACCAGAGUUUGGAUGCGGCCUUCGCCGGGGAAAGUCCGCCCUUUACAUAACACGAGUCAGAGAAAGAUUUUUUUACGCUUUAAAAGAGUUCACAGCAGCCUUUAUAAAAGGUCACAAAGAAUAAAGAUUUACUGCACGCACCAGUCUUUUCAAAAACAGGCGGCUCCACAAGAUUUACUUGUUUAAUUUCACACCUGAGACGCUGCAAUUUGUAUACAAGCAAUCCAUUUUACAUCGGUCUGCUUGAAGCUCAUAUACAGUAUACCAUCAUGCGAUAGUACUCACAAUUUCCACAACGCAUCCAUUUGUCUUGUUCUCAUCCCUGCUCAGUACUUAAAGAAGUAUUUGUCUGUGGUUUCCCCAGUGAGCCUCCAACGACCUGACAUUUUUAGAGUUCUGUGGCAGAACACAGAAUUUCACUUGUGCAAAACAGCAAAGUAGACAUUCAACCUCAUCAUAAUUUGCAGGAGUAUUUACUAAAAAACCCACACGGAUAAGUUCUGCUUUAAUAUUGUUAAUGGCGGGACGGUAGCACAACUGGUUAGAGGGUCACAGUUCUGAGGCCCACCUCCUGCCCGAUGACAGCUGGGAUAGGCUCCGGCACCCUCGUGAGGAUAAGCGUCUCGGAAAAUAGAUGGAUAAUAUUGCUAAUGUUGUGGGUGCUUUUCACACCCGAGCAUGGUUGAUACUGAUAUACAGUAUGAAAAUGGCAAAUGCAAAUUAGCCUUCAGGUAACUCUGGUCCAACUACUUUUAAUUGUGCACUACAAAUAAAUGGUUAUUAUUGUUCUUAUUAAAAAAAAAAAAUCAAGGCAAUCUAAGGAGCUACUGUGUUCAAGGGUUUGUAGUGGGUGCUGAGACGCUGUACUCAUUUUACCGUGUUAGCCAAAAGUGACAGGUGUUCAAUUGGUGGAGCAUGACUUUGCCAGUCUGUCUUUGACCUCCUGCAGUAUGUAAACCGUCAGCACCGCUUCUCGUUUUUACAGACAACUACAUUAGGUUUCUGUCCCUAUUUUUGGUGUUUUUCCCCCCUUCUGUCUAUGAAGUUAUUUAUUUUUAUUUUUAUUCCCUGGCCUUUGUAAAUAUAUUUAUUUUAAUCUGAAGUGAACCUUUGUAUUGUAAAUGUGUACAAACUGUGCAGUUGGAAUGUACUCUGCUUCAGAUAAGAAUGUAUCUGUGUGGAAUUAAGAGUGGUAUUGCUUUUGUAUUCAUGGGUCUCUUUUGUUCCUUUUUGUACGUGUUUCCUACUCUUUUGUUCACAGAUUUUUCCGUUGAACUGGUUUAUAUAGCAGUAUGCAAAAAAAAAAAAAAAAAUCUGCAACCUCCAGAUAUCAAGAUUCUAAAACUUGUCAUAGAAGCUUCGAUGCCAAAACGUAUGUACAUAGUAUGGACGACAAAUGAGCUCCUGGGACUUCACGGAUCAGUUUUUCUCACUGAAUUUGUUCUGCGCUGCUCGAGCAUGCGACACAGCACUACUUCCUGGGAUAGACUUACCAGAGUCAAGGCUGAGUUCCUCCAAAGGCUGAAUUUUUCACAGACCUUCGAGUUGUGCCUUGUUCUAUUCAAUAGAACACAAAACUCCCCCACCCCUUCUCUCUCGCUCUCUAGCUCUUGCCCGCCCCCUGUAAAGGAGAAAAAAUAUAUUAGAUAAACUGACUGCUGACUAUGAAUUUGAAAGUCUUACUUUUGUAGUUUUAUAUACACACAAACACACACACACAAAAUAAAGAGUAAAACAUGACUUGUGCUUUCCUUUGAAAAGUGACCAAGCUUGCCACUCGUGUGUUAACAGUGAAGGUCCGUU